CGAACAUAUCCGAAGUCACUCAUUCCAUUCUCACGUUUCGCACCAACGUGACCACAACUCCGCCGGCAUUUUGUUUCUCUCGAAUAUUCUGUGUGAACGUUAUUGUCCGCAAUAAUGGCAGCGAUAAGUCUACUCAACCCGAAAGCCGAAGUAGCUCGUGCCGCACAAGCCCUCGCCGUGAACAUCUCCGCCGCCAAGGGAAUCCAAGAUGUGAUGAAGUCCAACCUCGGCCCACGCGGCACCAUGAAAAUGUUGGUAUCAGGUGCUGGUGAUAUCAAAAUCACCAAAGAUGGCAAUGUCCUCCUGCAUGACAUGCAAAUCCAACACCCAACCGCCAGCCUCAUCGCAAGAGCCUCCACUGCGCAGGACGACAUGACCGGCGAUGGCACAACCUCAACUGUCUUAAUCAUCGGCGAAUUAUUAAAACAAGCCGAUAGUUAUAUCGCUGAUGGAUUGCAUCCUAGACUCAUCACUGAAGGUUUUGAUAAAGCCAGAGCCAAAACCCUGGAAGUUUUGGAAAAAAUUAAAAUCCCUAUCGAUUGUGAUAGGGAUUCGUUGAUUGACGUUGCGCGCACAUCGCUGCGCACAAAAGUCCAUCAUCAAUUAGCGGAUGUCUUGGCUGAUGUUUGCGUUGACGGCAUACUCGCAAUCAAACAAGCCGACACACCUGUUGAUCUGCACAUGGUGGAACUCAUGGAGAUGCAGCAUAAAACCGCAACUGACACCCAACUAAUCAAAGGUUUGGUUUUGGAUCAUGGCGCACGUCAUCCGGACAUGCCAAAGCGCCUGCGCAACUGCUACAUUCUCACAUGUAAUGUAUCACUGGAGUAUGAAAAAUCCGAAGUGAAUUCCGGAUUCUUUUAUAAAACCGCAGAAGAACGCGAGAAAUUAGUCGCUGCUGAGCGUGAAUUCAUCGAAGAACGCGUCAAGAAAAUCAUUGAAUUGAAACGCAAGGUUUGUAAGGAUAAUGGCAGGAAUUUCGUUGUUAUUAACCAGAAGGGAAUUGAUCCGAUGUCAUUGGAUAUGCUCGCCAAGGAGAAUAUCAUCGGUCUGCGUCGUGCUAAACGUCGUAACAUGGAACGUUUGGCGCUGGCGUGCGGUGGCAUUGCUCUGAACCAUCUCGAUGACAUUCAGGAAUCGCAAUUGGGCUAUGCAGGCCUGGUUUAUGAGCAUGUCCUUGGUGAGAAUAAAUAUACAUUCGUGGAAGAGUGUAAAAAUCCACAAUCGGUCACCAUUUUAAUGCGUGGACCGAAUAAGCAUACUCUGGCGCAGAUUAAAGAUGCCGUGCGUGAUGGGUUGCGUGCCUGUAACAACGCCAUUGAGGAUAAGUGUUUGAUGCCUGGCGCAGGCGCUUUUGAGGUGUCUGCGUAUAAUGAGCUUAUGAAGUUCAAAGAUGAAGUCAAAGGCAAAGCGCGUUUGGGUGUUGCAGCUUACGCGGAGGCUCUGCUGGUUAUUCCGAAGGUACUCGCGACUAAUUCUGGCUUUGAUGCGCAAGAUACCAUUGUUAAGCUGCAGGAGCAGAGUCGUUUGAGUCCGGAACCGGUGGGUUUGGAUUUGUCUAGUGGUGAGCCGAUUGUACCCAAGGAUCAUGGCAUUUUUGAUAAUUAUAUUGUCAAGAAACAGAUUAUUAACUCGUGCUCGGUUAUCGCUUCGAAUCUUUUGCUGGUUGAUGAGAUUAUGAGGGCUGGAAUGUCUAGUCUGAAGGGUUAGACAUUUGUUUGGGUUUCGUUUAAUUAUUAUGAUCAAAUAAUGCGCUUAUUCUAAGGUUUCACAUGCAUUUCAUUGAAUAUUGAUAUUAUAAAUCGAUUUGUACACCAUUAAAGGCAAUAAUAUGUAUUGUUAUUGCGGUAAUUAGUAUUUGGAGAAGAGAAAAUGAUUUUAUUGAAA